AUCUAAUAUGAUGCGUGCGAAGUAUUAGAAAUGUAAACGUCUCAAGGCCUUUGAAAUCGGGGGCAACAUUUCGGCCUGUUUAAAUGGCAUAUUUAGUCGAAAAAUCGUUGCAACAAACGCAAACUAUUCCAAACGACCGAGAAAGGCGUUUGAUAACUGGAUUACAAAGCGCGGCUUCGGCGGUCCGCUCCGCUGCCGAGGCUGACAAAAUAUUGUUCAAGAAAGCGCGCGUUUUCAUGAAGUGUCGCCCCCAAAUCAAGCAAGUAAUUUUUAACAUCAGUCACCAACUUUACCAGUCGGGAAAUUUAGAGGAAGACGUUCAACAGCUGAAGUGUGAUCAUUAUGAGGGGGCUGUUCCGCCCGCUUCGUUGAUUUGGGGAGAAAGGUUUGAUCAGGAUGUUCUGCAGUCGAGCAAGUCACUCAAUGAAGAUAACUUUUGGACAUUCGUUCAUUCCGUGGCGUGGCAGAAGUUCAGCUCCAUUCGCGUGACACAGGGAGCUCUCCUCGACAGUCUCCUGUACUCAUACUACUCUCUGGUUCAAGAUGGGAAACUCUAUUCUUUCACGACCGAAGUCUUUCAAAAGAAUGACCCAACGGUACAUCAGAGAAUGGCCGACAAGAAGAAUGACGGUGCACCAAUGAAGAUAACUUUUACCUACUACGCUCCAAGUUUUCAGGCUCUAAGUGAGAUUAUAUAUGAUCAUCAGGGUUCAAGGGUCAGUCUAGAAACCUUGGCUCAGCAGAAUGAAAGUCCAGAGAAACAGCCACCUGCUUCUCCCAAUGGCUCUCUUGAUUUUCCAUGGUCAGCGGAGCCCAAAGAGAGCAAUGCCAGUAUAAUUCAUGCAACACCGAUCAACCCUCCAAACUCUCCCACACCAUCACGUUCACCAACGGAGAUGAUGCUCAAGAAGCGAAAGGACGAAUCGUUGCUCGGUGGUCAUCGGAAUGCUAUCGUCAAGUACCCAUCAAGCUACUACAGUCUGCCUCUGCUGCUGCGCAUCCGGUUCACGUUGGGAUUGAAGCAGAAAGGCGAUGAUGGGAUGGCCAUCGAGGGCAAGCACUUGCAAUGCCAUCAGGAGGACAAUGGACAGUAUUCACCUUGUAGCCAUGUGUAUUUCACAAGGGAAUCCAACAGGACUCAAGGUUACAAAUCAUCGCUGCAAGCAGUACGUGCCUCUUACUGUCCGCAGUCGCAGUCAGCCCGUCUUCCGUCACUAACGCCAUCACCGACAAGGAACGAUGCGGAGAAGAGCACACUGGAGACACGUAGAAAGAGCUCCUCCCCAUUGCAUAGUUGCCUGGCUACUCCCAAUCAUCAGCUGAAGGAAAAAGAGAGAAAUAGCCCGGAUCAAGAAAGUCCUACCUCAAUGCGACCUGACUCCAAACGGACAUUAACGUUUUCACCAAACCUGGAAUACAUCAACGUUGUACGACGCGUCACACCCGAACCCAUCAGCCCCACCAAACCAAAAGAAAAUGCCACUUUCAACACUGGUAAGCUCUACAUCAACUGGAGUCUGGACAAGAUGAGAAGAGAGCGGCGACUCGGAAAGUACCGUAAGAAGACUGGACCUUCUCAGAAAGCUCUAUUCAUGAGACUCCAGAAGCAGGAGAUGGAUAAAGAUUACGUCCUUGGAAAGUUCUUUGCCGACCAUCCACUGAAAGUGACAAGAGCAGAUGGCGAAGGUAACGAUAACUGUCCACUUCAUGUGGAGCAGGAAGACAUCCAAAGUGAGAAGUGUCUGAGACACAGGUCGCAGGAACCAAGACCUCUCACCAUCAUCACCAACCACAGUAAGAUCAGAAAAUUGCGGUUCAGUUCCGUCGGAUCGGAGAAGCGAGCCGGUGUUCCCUCAGCCAUCCCGCGACCAUCGGGUUAUGCUGACACUGUCAAAGAGUUCAGGAAUGGAUGCAACAGGAGUACCAAGCAGUUCAUCAUCAGGAAGGAGCAGGUCACCACGUCCGAGCCAUUUGUCACUGUGACCAGCUUGACCAUCAAUAAAAUACCACGGGAAGGUUUCGAGACGUGGCAGUACGCGACAGCAGAUGCCAUGCUGGAUAAGUGAUGAGGGAGCUUCAUAACUGAAAGGGAUGACUUCUUUAAAUCUCCACUUUACAAUCAAAGUUUUCUUAUACACUUUGGAGAAA